GAGACGGACCAGCUGGUGAAAUUAAAUUCCUGUGACCAGAGAGGAUGGCGUCCUGUCCGGAGUGCGGCUCUUCGAACCUGGUGGAUGACUCCCUGUACUCGCAGUCGCAGCUGGUGUGCGCAGACUGCGGGGCUGUGGUCUCCGAGGGGCAGCUGACCACGACCCGCUCCGAGGAGAACCAGGGCACAGAUGUCCAGUACCACCAAAGCACAGCUGUAGACAAGCAACCUUGCCCCAAUCUUAUUAAAGGUCUGAAACGGGUGCGCGCACUGUGUCGCAUCUUGAGGUUUCCCCGGGUCAUCGAGGAGACGGCGGAGAGCCUGUUCAGCCGGGCCUACGAGCACCCCGAUUUCCUGAGGUGCAGCCUGAAGAAGAAGGAGUCUCUGGGGGGCAGCUGCGUGCUCCUGGGCAGCAGGCAGCACGAUUGGCCCGUCGCUAUGAGAACCAUCAGCUCCCUGCUGGACACUGACGAGUGCACCAUGGGCAUGGUGUACCAGGAGCUUUUGAAAGCCCUUGGUGUGGAGGCUCCUGUCACCAGCGUAACACACCUGCUGGACAGCCACUGUAGCCAGUACCAACUGAGCCCCCCAGGGGUCUCAGAGGUGUUCAGCGAGAGCACCCCCCGCCUGUCACAGAGGGCCGCUGCGCUGGUGGAGCUGGCGGCCGACACCUGGCUGGUGACGGGCCGGCACCCGGUGCCUGUGCUGGUGGCGGCCGUCUACCUGGCCUGGCUGUCGCUGAAGCCCUGCAAGGCGCGGCUGAACGUGCCGCUGGGCCGAUUCUGCAAGAUGGCCAAGGUGGGGGCGCCGGGCGUGGCCCUGAAGCGCGUGGCCGAGAUGAAGGAGGUGCUGUGCAAGCUGGGCAGGCAGCUGCCCUGGGUGAAGGACGAGGACGUGGAGCCCCGGAACGUGCCCACGCUGACAGAGGACAUCCUGAAGCACCGCAUCACGCUGCUCAGGAAGGCUAUGAGGAGCUUUGAGAGCGAGCUGCCACCACCCAAUGAUGACCCCGCCCCCAGCCCAGCUCCAAAGGGGCCCCUGCCCCUGGCCCCGCCCCCACUGCAGGAGACGGGUGGCACAGUGUCAGGUAAAUCCUCACCUCCAGCUGAGAAGACACUGGAAUCUGAUUGGCCCAGGGGGGAAGAGGGCGGAUCUGGCGCUGGGAGUGCAGAGAGAGGGGCUGUUCCAUCUGGAGAGAGGAAUGAGAGGAUGGAAACGAACCCGGAGCAGGAAGUGGAAACUCCUGACCCCGCCCCAGAGCACUGGGGAAAGAGGCACCCAUUCGCACCGCCUUGUGUGCAGAACCCUCGAAAAAGGCCGCGCACAGUGGCGGGCCCGGAAGUCCGAGGGGACGAGGAGAUUUCUGACAGCGAGAUCGAGGGGUACCUCCGUACACCCCAGGAGAUGAAGGAGUUUGCCGAGAUGCAGAAAAAACUCACCUGCUGAUAAUUGACUGGGCAUUUCUCACGGGAAGAGCGGGAUAUUUCUUUUGCACAUGUUAGCUCUGGCUCUUGCUGUGUGGGUGGCUUCAGCUGGGCCGGUUUAAUGCUGUAAGAGUACGAGCUCUACCCCUGUGUGAAGGCAUGUGACACAGAGACGCUGCUAAUGUUUUUCUUAUAGUUUUCUAAUUUCCUGUGAGAUUUUAGUUUUGCAUUUUGAAGAAUUUUUGUGUAUCAGCCUUGAAUUUGUUCAUUAAAAUGUGAGCUUUGUGUCCAUCAUUAUAAAUCUUGAAAUUAGUGCUGUUGAUUUUUAAAGCUUUUAAAAUUUGAAUUUUCUGUUUAUCAUUUUUUUAAUUUAGCUAGGCUUGCUGUGCAAGAGAGCAUCACACCUGUGCCCCCAAAAGGCUAAUGUUUGUUCUUGAAUUUGCGCAUAGCUGAUCCACUUCAAUCAGCUUAAUUUCCAGCAGAUUAAUUGUGAUUGUGUGUUUGGUUAGACCAGAAAUUGGUUAACAAGCCUCUCCUGUCUCAUUGGAGAGUAGUUGAUUACAGCUGUGUGGCUGGAGGAGUCAGUAGUUUCAAUAGUUUACUGUGGCUUGG